AUGGCUGCUGCUGAAACAUACACCAAGCAUACCCACGUCUACAAGACCCAUCAUGCCACAGACAUUCAUCUCGACGUAAUCGUCUCUUCAGGAAACAAGGAGUUGUCACGCACUGCUAAGCCUGUUUUACUCUGGUUUCAUGGUGGUUACCUCGUAACAGGAAGUCGAAACGCCAUUCCCGGCUGGCUGCUCCACUACGCUCUGUCGCACAGCUGGACUGUGGUCUCCGCGGACUACAGGGUCCUGCCUGAAUCCACCGCACUCGCCACUCGCGAAGACGUGAUCGCAGCCUAUGAAUGGGUCGCUGGGGGAUCCCUCAGCCGCCUCCACCCGGGAUGCAAUGCAGACUUGGACCAGAUAAUUCUCGGCGGGGCCAGCGCCGGGGGAUGGUGUGCGUUGGUCACUGCGCUGCACUUUUCCACUCGACCCUCCGACCACGACCAGCAGACAGACGAGAGAACCCUCCCGCCGCGUCCCCGGGCGCUCUGGCUUCUCUACCCAUGGAUUGACCUCGGUAGCUCGAAGUGGGCGCAGAGCGUCACGCUGCCGAGUGCAGCGCCGGUGGACCCAGCCACAAGGCAAUCCCUGCUGGCUGCGAUCCCUCGUCAGAUCGCACGAGGCGAGACGAGCGUGGGCGAGGACUUUCCCGCAUCGGAGGCAGAGCUUCGAACGAGAAAACGCCUCCCCUUGCUCUACGCGAUGCUGGAAGGAGGGGCGUUUCUGGAUUAUCUGACGGGAGUGUCGGGUUUCAGUGAGCGGGUGGUGCAGGUGGGGCUGGACCGUGCAGUCGACGGGGAUAGUCGUCUGAGGGCCCUUUUCCCGCUAUCGUGGGGCUCGUUUACUUCUGCCUUUCCAGCAACGUGCCUCGUGCAUGGCACGGCGGACCGUGAGGUCCCUUGUGGCGAGAGUGAACGGCUCGUGGCCAAGCUACGGAGGCGGGGGCUGGAAGUACAGUAUUUUCCCGUUCAGGGAGCGGAUCACGUUUUCGACCUCGAGUUGCCGUGGAGUCUGCAGGACGCUGGUGAGGGGCAUCAGCCCAGCGCGACUCUUGUGCGGGCAUUGCGGGCGUUGCAGGGAUUUCUCAAGGAAGUAAAUGGGGUGGAUCGUUGA